ACUUACUUGACUGAACUGAGCCACGAGCCCGCAGCGUCAGCCAGUAUGACCUCCCAAGUGGCUCAGACAAUCUUGGACUUCCUCGACCAGAAUGCGAGCAUACCAGACACUCGAACGCUGGGUCUGGACGCAGCAGCCGUCAGAGCAGCGCUCACUUCACUCGUCGACAAGCAGAUGGUGCUCAUGGAGAGUCAUGCACAAGAAGAAGCAGUGCUCAGUGCAGAGGGUGAAGAAGUAACAGAGAAGGGAUCGCCCGAAUGGCGGUUAUGGCAAGUACUCGCUACUGGCCCACAGACCGCCAAGCAGCUUCAGAGUACGCUAGGGCCAGAUACUGCCAAAGUGGGUCAAUUGAACGCAUUCAAGAAAAAGUGGAUCAAGAAAGAUGGCGACGGGUUCGCUCAAGCACUCUCGGACGUGCCGGAUCAAGUCAGAUCAGACCUGCAGGCGCUCAAGAACGGGCAACCACUACCGAGCACCGUCGCGUCCGAGUAUCGCAAACGAAAGCUCACAGCAAUAAAACGGACCGCGUAUCAGAGUGUCAGCAAAGGGCCCAAAUUCUCCACAAAGAUUGCGAAAUUGGAAACGGAUCUCACGGCAGAGAUGCUGCAAAGCGGAGCGUGGAAAACGGCGGAAUUCAAGCCAUUCAAUUUCGAUGCGGAAGGCAUGCCACCCGCAGCAGGAGCACUCCACCCGUUACUCAAAGUACGAGAGGAAUUCAGGAACAUCUUCUUCGAGAUGGGGUUCAGCGAGAUGCCGACGAACCAGUUUGUGGAGUCUUGCUUUUGGAAUUUCGAUGCUCUCUUUGUACCUCAGCAACAUCCGGCUCGAGAGCUACAAGACACUUUUUACGUCAAAGACCCCGCUUCGACAGACGAUUUUCCAGAGGACUACCUAGCCAAAGUGAGAAAAGUACACGAGUCGGGCGGAUACGGUUCGAUAGGUUAUCGAUCUCCCUGGAAGCAAUCCGAUACCGAACGACUCGUCUUGCGUACUCACACGACUGCCAUAUCGGCCAACAUGCUCUACAAGCUCGCCAACCAGCCAGGAGGUUUCAAGCCCACAAAACUCUUCAGUAUCGAUCGUGUUUUCCGAAACGAAGCGGUAGAUGCAACUCAUCUGGCCGAGUUCCACCAGGUCGAAGGCGUUGUGGCAGAUUACAAUCUCACGCUUGGCGAUCUGAUCGGCUUCAUGGACGUCUUCUUUGCAAAGAUGGGCGUCAAAAACUUGCGCUUCAAGCCUGCUUUCAAUCCUUACACAGAGCCCUCUCUGGAGAUCUUCUCUUAUCAUGCAGGCUUAGGCAAAUGGGUAGAGAUUGGCAAUAGCGGGAUGUUCAGACCGGAAAUGCUCGAACCGAUGGGUUUGCCCAAAGACGUUCGUGCACUCGGAUGGGGACUCUCUCUAGAACGGCCAACGAUGAUCAAGUAUGGCAUCAGCAACAUUAGAGAUCUCGUGGGUCACAAGGUGCCAAUCGAGAUGGUAGAGAAAUCAGCAGCAGUGCGCUUCUGAUGCUUGUGCUGCUGCUGCUGCGGCUGCUGUCGUGUUGUACAUGGUCUGCAUUGGAAAGAACAAGCAUUUCAUUCGUCCCACUUUUCCUCUGCUGCGGGCAAGUCAACCAAUGCAGACUGAUCUUGCUCGUCGUCUGUUCCCCCUCGCUCGUCUUCGCUGUCCUCUUCUGGCUCGACAGUCGGCGAUUCUUCGACAACCGGUACUUGUCUGAUCACACUCUUGACACCCUUGCCGCAGCGCAAACAAGGCCAAUACUCUUGCGUAUCGCUGUUGUCUUCUUCCCACUGUACGAGCUUGUUGACAAUACAGAAAUAGCAGUAGAGUCCCUGGCAGCAAUCGACUUGAUACGGAAUCUUGACGCCGUUGUCCUGAUCGCCAUGGUGAUUGAUCUGGCUAUGUGAUUCGAGCGUGGCAAGAGCAGAGGUGGAAGCGCCCGGGUCUGCAGGGUCGCUCG